AUGGUCGAAGAACAAGAAAAACUCUCACCUCAGGGCUCAACACCAUCCACCCACUCUCACACAUCCGACACCGACUCGAUACACGAAACCCAAUCCAUCCGCGAUGGCCAACAAACCAACCGCCUCCACCUCGUCCGCAGCUAUGCAUCCGGCUACUCAGGCUUCGCCCCCGAAACCGAAUACGCAGACAUCAAUCUCAAACACACCACCACAGGCGCAACCCUAGGCUCCGUCGCCACCAACGACCCAAACUUUGAAGUCGAUUGGACAGACGACGACCCCGAAAACCCGCGCAAUUGGAGUAUGGCGUAUAAAGCUUUUGUCGUGUUUGCCAUGAGUUAUUCGACUACGGUCACAGUGCUAUUUUCGACCAGUUAUACGGUUACGGUGGGGAAAUUGGAGCAGGUGUUUGAUGUGGGGCAUUUGACUGCAUUGCUCGGACUUACGACUUAUUUGAUUGGUAUGGCUGCUGGAUCCACGGUUCUUGCUCCUUUGUCGGAAAUGUAUGGACGUCGCCCGGUGUACAUUUUCUCGACUGCGAUUUUUGUGUUGCUGAUUUUGCCGUGCGCGCUUGCUAAAAACAUCGAGUCUCUACUCAUUCCGAGAUUCUUUGGUGCUUUUGCGGCGGCGAGUUUGGUUUCCAAUGCUCCUGGAUCGAUCAACGAUAUUGUUGUUGAGGAGUACAGGGCUUUGGCGUUUAGCAUCUGGGCUAUUGGACCUUUGAACGGACCUGUCGUUGGUCCCAUCAUCGGUGGCUUUACGUACCAAUACUUGGGUUGGCGAUGGACCAAUUGGCUCGUCAUGAUCCUCGCUGGUGUUGCGUUUGGAUUUGUGGCCAUCGUCAAGGAAACCUAUGGACCUAGUUUGUUGCGCAAGAGGGCUGCGAAGUUGAGGGAAGAGACGGGGGAUUCGAGGUGGUGGAGUAGGUUUGAUGAGAAGAAGGAGUUUUGGCCGUUGCUCAAGGUCAAUCUGACANUCUUCUGGGACGUCUACGUAGCAAUCGUCUACGGCACACUCUACCUCUCCUUCGUGGCCUACCCAAUCGUGUUCCAACACCAACGCGGCUGGUCGCCUGGUCUCGGUGGUCUCGCCUUUUGCGGCAUCGGUAUAGGAAACCUACUCACCAUUGUCCUUGAACCACUCUGUCGACGCCUCAUCAAUUCGCACAAANAAGACCCAGAGACUGGAGAUAUACCUCCUGAAGCCAUGGUUUCUGUAAUUUGCAUCGCUGCCGUGUCGCUGGCGGCAGGCGAACUCUGGUUUGCGUGGACGUGUACGCCCAAUGUGCAUUGGAUUGUCCCCAUCAUCGCCGGUAUUCCUUUCGGCGCCGGCAAUGCUGGAGUUUUCAUCUACAGCAACAAUUACCUCGUCCACUCAUACUCGGUAUACGCAGCUUCUGCACUCGCUGGCAAUGCAGUCUUGCGCUCCAUCAUGGGAGCCGUGUUGCCCCUCGCCGGACCAGCCAUGUAUGCCACCCUCGGCAGCAAUUGGGCUGGCUGCACAUUGGGUCUGGUGGAAAUGGCCUGCGUCCCCAUCCCCGUAGUAUUCUACCUCUACGGCAAGAAAAUCAGAGCCAAAAGUGCAUUGAUUAAAUCCAUGCAAGAAGACAAGAGGAGAGCGGAUGAGAAGAAAGCCAAACAUUUGAGGAAAAUGGAAAAGGAAGCUAUCAAGAGAGGAGAUGCAGAAGCUAGUAUCGGGGGGCCGGGCAAGGCGGGAGCGGCGGUGGCGGAAGAGAGGGAUGUCGAGAAGGGCGAUUGA